GUCCCCACGCACCCAUAGACAUUUCGCUCACCGCACCAUGAACCAAUUCACCGAAACUACUCGAUCGACCAUCAACACCAUCAAGGCCCAUGCUCUCAUCGCCAAGGCCCUCUCGAAUGACCCCAAGCCCACACCAGGCUACCUUUUCCCGGAGAUAGCACGUCUGACCCAGUCUCCGGCAACCAGCUCCGUGGUGUUGUCCCAGCUUCUCAAGAUCAUCACCCCCUCCGGUAGUUUGGCCUCGUCCAACAGCCAAUCCUUCGUCGUCGGCAACAGCAGUAGCAGCAACAGCAUUAACACGGGUGCCGGCGCAGCUGGUCCUUCAGGAACAUCUCUGACCUACGCAUCAUCACCACAUGUACUACUCAAAGCCCUCAAGAUCCUCCGACAGCUCGCUCAAAGCGGUUCAGUCGAAUUCCGGACGAAUUUGGCGAGACGGGGCAAGGGUCCCUUGGCAGAGAUGGUUGGAUAUCGGGGACAGUGGGAUGAUACUCACGGAGACCGGUUCAACCAAGAUGUCAGGUCUGUGGCCGAGGACUUGAUCGAGUACAUGCAUUCGAAUCCCGUGCAGGAAUUGGACGAACCAGAGGAAUUGGAGAGCUUUACGGAGAAGGAGGUUGCGGUGUUGAAGCAGAGUACACAGGAUCUGCGGGGGUUCGGCAAUCCUGAAUACGAUGAUUCUGAUAGCGACCACGACCAUGCGUCCCAGAAACGUGUCUCCAGGAGUAAGAAGGCGGUGAUGGAGAGGGCCCCGCCACCAUUACCAGGGUUUGGUAACCCAGCCUUUGAAAUGGAUGAUGUGAACAAAGAACCGACGUUAAUGACACGCCUGGUUGAUAGGCUACAGGAUAUGGCAGCACCUCCACCGCCGAUAGCUAUGCGUGCCGCAUAUCGACAACAGGAACAACGACGACAGAAGCUGUUUGUGGGCGAAUACAGUAUGCGCGAAGACGGAUCAAACACUCACGGACGGACCAGGGACGGGGCCAUCACGCUCAUGGGUACCAACCCGUUCAAGCGGACGACAAGGAUCCAGGGCAUGGUUGCUGGCGGGUGGGGAGAGAAGAAGGCUGUGGCUGAGAAUUCAGGAGACAUCAGCUUUGGUGGGAAUCAUACAACAAGCCGUGUGUUUCCUGUUGCGCGCGUGACGGGAACUCGAGGAGUACGGUUCAGGAAUGCGACGGCGGAAAGUGUAUAUGGAUUGGCUCAACAUAUUCAAACAAGUUUGGUGCGGUCGAAAUUGCUAAGCUCUUUACGAACAAAAGAUAAUGGAUCGCUGGCGAGAGAUUUAUUGGGAACUGAGGUCCCAAAGAUACCGCAGGAAGGCACUUCUGAGGAUGAUGGGUUGCUCUUAUUUUGGGGAACUGCGAAAGAAAUCUGCGAUGUUGUUGCUGAGGGAUUGAGGCGGGAAAGGGUAGAAUCGUCGGUAGAGCAUCUUGACGAGUCUGUUCCUUCGAGUGCUGGCCAGAGCGUAUCAAUGAUGACGGGGCUCGUACGAGAUAUGACUGACUGGAUUGAACGAGAGGACUGGGAGCGACGGCUGGUAUGUUGUUUCUCUCUCUUGAGUCCGUUUGAUCUUGUCAUGGGCGAUCUGAAAUCUUGUUAAUAGACAUCUUCGUGUGAAUAGAGACAUUUGUUCGUGUUGGAUGCUCUACUCGCUCAUCCGGAGAUCGAAUCGGAUCUGCUGAGUUGUUCUGCGCUGCCUAGGCUUUCGGAAACCCUGACGGGCCCUUUGUGCGAAGGUGCUCCCCAACGGUCCGUCCAAGUCCUAUCGGCGCAUCUUGCUGGCUAUAUCAAGCGAGUCUAUAGCAAGGCAUCUCGGCCAAGAACACCGUCUGGAUUGACUAGUGGCAAGGGUUCGUUGGCUUCCGAAGCGGCGUUGCCCAACAUGAUGCUAUUGGACAUUGGUGCCUAAGCACUAAGGCGAAGCAGGCACCCGACAAAAUAAAGAUUUCCCAUUUGGUGGCAA